AGACAGGAAAUUACAACUAUCAUACACGUACCACGAGCAAAAGACAAGCAAAUGACAUGAAUGCGAUCAACGAGUGAGAAACACAAGCAAACGUGCAAAAGACUCACCCCAGGCCCUCCACUCCCUCUUCCAUGUAUGCCAUCUCCGCCGCAUUGAGCUCCAUUGCCGCCUGUGCGGCAUAGAAGAGUGGCACCUCCUCUGCUGCCUGUGGGUCGUCCUCGAGGUCUCCGUCAUGCUGAUGCCCGGCCUGCCCCUCAGGCAGUGCGGGUGCGUCAGCAGCGGGCACAGCAGCGGCUUCAGCGGGCUGUGGGUGGGCGGCGGGCACAGCAGCACCUGCAGCGGGCUGUGGGUGAGCGAGAGGGACGAGCGGCUGGACGGGUCGAGUCGUGACCGAGGUGAAGAAGGCGCUGGGCCGACUCGGAGCGGGAGGGCGAACGGCCCCUCGUGGCUCUUGGAGGGGCGGAUGACGACAAUGGGCGGUGGGGACGGGUUGUGCUGGGCAAGGAAGCGGAACAUCGACCCCUCCAGCGACCGAAAGACAGCAUACAUCUCUCGAAGUAUGCGGUACAGGUCAGGCUGGUUGGACGAUUCUGCGUCGUCGAGUGCGGCGUCCCACCCCUCGCCGAGCACACCACCCUCCAUGCAGAAGCCGAGGCUGCCCACGGACGACACCCCGUAUGUCUUCUUGUUGGGAAUCGGGGUGCCUGUGAAGGGGUCGAUGGUGGUCAACUGCCGACUGCGUGCAGGACCAUCCUUGAACCCCUUCAGCGGCUUGCGGUGCUUCUGUGCUCUCUGUUGGUUGCGCGUCCGCUUGGCGGGAGGCCCUGUGAUCUCCUCGCUGUCAUUAUCGCCCUCGUGGCCAACGGCAUCCAUGUCCAUCAUGAGGGUGUACACUGGAGUGUGGGGUGGUGGAGAGGGAGAGGGGAGGGGAGCUGGCGGACGCGGAGAGAGGCGGGGAGGCCUUCAGGCAGUGCAACGGGCCAUCUGAACGGACAUACACAACAGACAGACGACAGAAAGGUACAAAUGUGUAUACGUAUGUGUACGUGUGUGGGUAUGUGUGCAUUAAUGUGUAGAUGUCUUUUCCCCGCCGCCCUCGGCGUGUACCUGAACGAGGGAGCACAGAUCAGGCUGCGAUGUUGUGAAGAGAACGAGGCCGCCGACCCAAAGGAACCCGAGAACUAGGGCAUUAAGUGUCUGCGGCAGAUACAAAAAUGGACGUAAGUCGCGCAGGUAUGGGUCGUGAGCGGGUGAUUCUUACAUGAUUCGACAGCUUAUGCAGAGGCGGUUUGCAUG